UUAUGAAAACACCGGUUCCCAAUUUCAAUGUAGAAUACAAAAGGGAGUGAUAAAUUUCAAUGACAAAUUUUGUUUCAUUGUUACAAUUAACCAAUUAUGUAAUGCGCAAAAUCAAGAAUUAAACAAAAUACAUACAUAUGUAUUUAAAGUGUGACGUCUCAAUGCUGCGUCAAUCAUAAUGGCUCCAAGCCAAAGAAACAUGGAAAGCAACAGAAACAUCGAGCUGGAGAACUUGCAUAAACUGGUCUGACUGGAUCUGCUUUUACAAGUGUACUUUUGGUAAAAACAAAUGGCUAACGUAUGAUGCGUAGGUGGUGUGUGUUGAAAACGUGGUUAAAAGACGUGUAAAAUGUUGUUGAAGAGCAACAAGUCAGAGAAAAGGAAUCGGAGAUAUAAUGGGAAAAACACUAAACUCUCUACCGGAAAUAGCGCAGGUGGCAUAUCGUCGUCGGUGACGGGAACAAUAACAAGAAGUUCAGUGACUUCAAACAAUCGAACUCACUCUAGUCGAAGGACAAGUCAUCAACGUCAUCCUCAUACUCAACAGCAGCAACAAUCAUCUGUCCCAUUGACAUCAUUUAACGGCCUCAUCUCCAGAAAUUCGGAUGAUCUGGCCAUUAGAACAAAUUCCACUCAGGACAUUUGUGACAAUUCAAAUGAUUCUGGCCUCGGAUUCGAGGAACGACAGCAAUUGCUGAAUAAAGUUUCUCAGGUUUGGAACGGUGUCGGUGAAGAGGAUUCAAAGAGAAGGAAAAUGGAUAUUAAGCUCGAGUCGGAGGAUGCGAAUUUUGCCUUUCCUGAAGUUGCCCCAGGAUCUGCACAGGAGACAAAAAUCUCUUCAAGAAAUGGAAUAAAUGGCAUUGGAAGUGCGAUCACACGUACGGGAAAUGGUGCAGCCGGGACAAUUGGCAGAAUUGUUGGAAUCACUAGACCACGUCCGGCCAUCGGUGUCCUUACCAAAAGGCCACCCAUCACUCAUCAAGGUCCUGUCACCCUCACUUCUCAGCUUUGCAGCAUAUCGAGGGAUGGGAAGACACAAUUGCAAAUAAUCUGUCAACCGGAACAACAGCACAGAGCACGUUAUCAAACUGAGGGAUCUCGUGGCGCAGUGAAGGAUCGUACCGGAAAUGGAUUUCCAAUAGUUCGUCUGGUCGGUUAUGACAAACCGGCAUCACUUCAAGUUUUCAUUGGUACUGAUCUUGGACGCGUUGCCCCCCAUAUGUUUUAUCAAGCAUGUCGAGUGAGUGGCAAAAAUUCAACACCCUGUGUUGAACGUAAAGUUGAUGGGACAAUAGUGAUUGAAGUGGACAUGGAUCCCGCUAAAGAUAUGAUUGUUACUUGUGACUGUGUUGGUAUUCUCAAAGAGAGAAAUGUCGAUGUUGAGCACAGGUUUCCACAGGAAGCUGGUGUCCUACAGGGUCGAAGCAAAAAAAAAUCCACACGUUGUCGUAUGGUCUUCCGUACAACAAUCACUCACGCCGAUGGCUCUUCAGAAACUUUACAAGUCUGUUCUCAGCCCAUUGUUUGCACACAACCGCCGGGUAUUCCUGAAAUUUGCAAGAAAUCUCUGACGUCCUGUCCAGCAACUGGAGGCUUAGAAUUAUUCAUUCUCGGUAAAAAUUUCCUGAAAGAUACACGUAUUGUCUUUCAAUUGGACAGUGACGAUCCUUCGACUAGUUUAGAACCGCACUGGGAAUGUGCUGUUCUUCCGGACAAGGAAUUUCUCCAGCAAACUCAUUUGGUUUGCGUUGUUCCCGCAUACAGGCGUCAAGACCUGUCACCCACAGAGACAAUUAGUGUGAGACUCUAUGCCGUGUCUUCCGGAAAAACGAGCGAACCGCACAAUUUCCUCUACACUUCAUGUUCAACUCCUCCAGAGCCUUCAGUAGGUAAAGUGGAAAUAUCAAAUCCGCCAUUAAUCCAAGGCAACGACAAUGGCUUAUCGAGUUCCUCGACGGUCUCAAGUGUCCCCACAAACACUCUAAUGACGCAAGCUGCCGUAGGAGCUUCUGGUUUUUUAACCCAACAGCAGCAGCAACAGCAACAAUCGUCGCAACAAGCGCAAACGGAAAUUCUAAAAAACAAUCCCAGUUCACCACCUGCACCGUCGCAAGUCACACCAGUUAUGAUGUGGACAUCUCAGGGAUCAAAUUGUCAGAAUUCGGCUGUGGAUGUGAUGAUGCCACCGCCGCUUGUUGCCAAUCAAUUAAUGAACAGACGGUCAUCCUCAAAUCUACAGCUAAUCCUGCCAGACAAUCUGAAGACCGAGAUACUCGACGAGAACAGUAACAGUGGAAUGCUGAGCGAUAACAGCAUAAACAGUGUCAAUGUCUCGACACCAACACACAAUGGACCUACUGGGACAAGUCCAUUGCAACAAAUUGUCAAUGAGAAUUCACGUGAUGCCUCUCAGUCUGGUCUCAUUAGAAAUGUUCAGAAUAAUGACUCCCCAGUGCAGGACGCUCUGUUGGGAGUCGUCGAUCUCAUUAGAAAUCAGCAUUCUCUAUCUAUUCCACCUCAGCAUCCAUCAUCAUUCACGGGAAUACACGAGUCAUCUCAGGUAAAAGUGCUUAGUCCACAUCACAUGAAGCAGGAUUCGAGUCCAAUUCUCCAAAGUGAAGCAAAUUCCAAUGGGAAUAUUCAAGGUGCAGGCGUCGUAGAUCUUCGAAUGAAACAUCAUCAAUCCGAGUAUGAGGCUUUGAGUAAUUACACGCCCGCCGGGCAACCAUUACCAACGCAAAGUGGACACAGUGUUGAAAAUUAUCUCAAUCAAUUGGAGGCAGCUCGACCCCUUGUACCAUCGCCAAAAGAACAGGAAUCACAGGACACAAGCUUUGUUGGUACGAUACAGCAACGAGCAUCGAUAAUUGCCACUGGUCGUCAACAAUUGCAACAGCAGACUUCAAAUUUAUUAGCGGCAACUGCAACCGCACUUAACAAGGACUCGCUCGUUACUACCAAUGGAGAAACACAUCAAAUUGUUUCACCUCUUCGAUCAGUUAAUACCAGUCCUCUCACUAUAAUGGGUCACGUGCCUCCGGUUGUCGAUCAUGUUGAAGCAUUGUCAAGUCCUCAACAAUCGACAAGGCCUAGUCCACCAGUAGCGGUGCCUGUCAAGACAAUGUUGCUGGAGGCUCUUCUUCCAAAUUCACAGCCACUUACGGUGCCUGCGAAUAAUGUUGCGGCAUCAAAUAAUGGUGUUCCCGAACCGACACCUGAAGAUAAUUUACUUACAACGAUCAACGCUGCUCUGUUGCCACCAAUUCAAGAGGCACCAAUUGUAUCAGCUCCCAAUUCAUCUAACGGCACUGUCAGCGUUCCUUCACAAAUUCCACUACAGGUCUCGAGUGAGGUAAUGCCACGAUCAACGGAUCAUUUGCAGCUGCAAACUCUAUCGCAACAAAGUGUGGUCACAAUGCAACGUCAAGUUCAACAAGUUGAGCAGGUAGUGGCGCAAGCCCAGCAACAAGUGGAGCAAGUGGUCGCUCAAGCCCAACAACAAGCAGUUCAAGCGGUGCAACAAGCGCAACAACAAGUAGUGCAGCAAGUUUUUCAACACGCUCAAGUUGUUCAGCAAGCCGUGCAGCAGGUUCAAGCUGUACAACAAGUACAGGCGGUACCUGCCUUCCAGCAGGCUGUUCAGCAAGCAUCCCAAGAAGUUGUACAACAAGCCGUUCAACAGGCAACGCAAGAAGUCGUGCAACAAGUACAAGCCGUUCAGCAAGCCGUUCAACAAGCGCAAGCGGCUCAAGCAAUGCAACAAGCCGUUCAACAAGAUAUUGGCUCGAUGCUUAAUCAACCUGCGGGUUUCGUUGCGGAAGCAAGUUCAGCGCUUGCCAGUGGUGCUGCUCAGGAACCAUCACAGCAGAGACUUACCACAGCUGCCGAACAGGCAAUUAAUAAUGUCAUCACUAAUGCCACUCAAGAUAUUAUUAAUAAUAAGCCAAUAACCACAACCACGGCACACGCAAUCAUUGCAACCAAAAAUAUUUUAAAUAGUGUUGCAACACAAAGCGCUCAGCUUAUGAAUAGCGCAAUGGAAGGAAUUCUACCGAAAUCGCCAUCAAGUCAGGGUAAUAUUGUUGAUCAAACGGCAAAUAAAUCUCCACCAGGUACAGUAUCAAUGCCAGUGGUGGCAUCCAAUCGACAAAAUGUAAAUCCUAAUAUGCAAAAUGCCACGGCCGCUACAAAUAAUCCUAAUAAUGUGAGAAAAUCCGAAGACACUGGCUUACUCUCUCAGGAAUUAACUUCAAUGUCAGAGCACGAUCUUUUGAGUUACAUAAAUCCUAGCUGUUUCGAUCCUCAAGGAGGUUUUCUUAUGUAGAAUGUCAUCGGAACUGUGUCCUUAAAUUGUAAGGUAUAACCAAUUACUAUUAUUAUCUUAAUUGAAAUCUCAAAAAAAAACAAAUUCAAGGUGGCCACCCAACCGGCAUAUAAUCGGGACAAAUUUGAAUCGAAUAAAAACCAGAAGAAAGCAGGGACUUUAAUAUUAUUUUGGGAGAAAUUUUUUUUAUAUUUUGCUCCUUUAUUGAUUUAUUAUUUAUUUGAAAUAUAUAAACAAUCAGAUUAAUAUUUUUUACCAGAUAAAAUUUUCUCAUACUGCUUAUACAACUUAAAAUAUACUACAUUUUUAGAAACAGGAUAUUCAGUGGUAAUUAUUUUUCAUAACUACACAUUACAUCAAAAUAGAGGGUUUUUUUUUUUUUUUUUUUUUGCAGAAAAAAUUCUGUCGAAAAACCGGGAGACAACGCUAAUUUCCAUCGAGAGAACCGGAAAUCAAAUAUCCUGAAAAUAGUGGCCACCCUGAAAUGAACUUGAGAUAAAAUUAAUUAAUUAAUUUAAAUGUUUUACAAAUUGGAUUUUGUCAAAAACAAACAAAAGAAAUUGACAUAUAAUUUACACAAUUGUAAAACUAUUUAUAUUAAUUAAAUUAAAUUUUUAUUCAAUUUUCAUAAAUUUAAAUUGGAUUUUUAAUUAAUUUUGAAUUCAAAUCCAUUUAAAUCAGUUUGAAUUUGAUCAAUUUCAAUUAAUUUAAAAUUAAAUUAGUUUAAAAAGUGAAGAGAACUUUGUCUUGAAUUUUUUUCGAACUGGCGAAAUAUUCUGUUUAUUAUAGUUUUUUUUGUAACGGCCAAAAUAUUACAUUUAGAUACAUAUAUUUAUAUGUAUUUAGAAAAAAUUCUUUAUAUCAAAACAAUGUGUAACUGUAUUACAAAAAGUACAUAAGACUAGUUAAAUAACAAUUUUUAGAAAUUUUUGAAGAAAGUUUUUGAGAUAAUGUUCGUUAAUUUCUUGAAUUCUUUUUGAAUCAAUUUUAUUAUUAAUUCUUAUUAAUAAUCUGCCAAUAAGAGGAAAAAGUAAUUUCUCUACCUGCAAAACAAACAUUGACAACUAUUGCAACUGUAUAUUGAAAUAUCUUUAGAAAUUGAAAAUCCUAAUUUCAUUAAUACUUUAUUUGUAUAUACAUAUUAUCUUGAAAGAUUUGCAAAUUAUUUUGAAAAAUAAGUUUGAUACACAAUUUGAAAUAUUCUAAUUAACAUCUGUUCAAAAUGUUUAUUUCACUAAAUUUUCAUUAUCAUUCAUUGCUAUUUAAUCUAAUUAGCUUUCAAAUAAAUUAUAUUUUUCAAGUUUUUUUUUUUAUAAGAAAAUUAAAAAUUAUGAACAUUUAAUUUAAAACCUGUGGAUGUUAAUACAAAUAAAGUUGAUAUAAUUUUUUUUACAAUUUAAGGAACAUGAUUUCGAAAAAUACAGGAUUUUCAAAAUUUAAUGACCUCUAAACUCUGUUAAACUUGUUAUAAAUAUGUUAAGAUUGAUAUUGUAAAAUAAUGGGGAUUCAGUUUGAGUUGAGAUGUAGUGAAAAAGUAAUUAAUCGUUAUCUUUUGUUUCUUUAAGAAAAAAAUAUCUGAAUAGAAUUUCAGACAAACUUUUUUUUCAAAUUAUCAAAGAACAAAUUUUUUUUAUCUUUCUUAAAUGAUAAAAUUUGUCGUCAAAGAUAUUUUUUUUAUUUUGGCGAAUGUUCCAGCGAGAUUUCACUUUGACUAUUCGUGAAGAAUUAUAAUAUUCUUAAGUAAGACGGGCGCUUAAGUGCGCGACAGUUAAUUUUUUUCUCAUACUUUAUUAUUAUUAUUAUUAUUAUUAUUAUUAUUAUUAUUAUUAUUAUUAACUUGAAAAUGUUACGUUAAUUAAUUUAAAUUUCUUCGUGCCAGAACAACCAGGUGCCUUUGCAAAGCGAAAUGUCUGUUUUUUUCGCUUAUAUGGAUAUUAAGUUUUUAAGUCAAAGAAACUAUUAAUAUAAAUUAAUAAUUGAUAUCCUUACUGACCCCACUCAACGGAAAAAAUACUUUGUACAGAGCAGCUAAAAAUUGAGUGAAGCCAAUUUACGAUAACCGUAUCUUGAUAAGGAAGUAAUUCUGUGAAUUAUUGAAGGCUUCUUUGACUUGAUUUCAUUACAUAUAAUGGAUCAUUUUGUUGUUUUUAUUUUAUUCGGUACUCGGCUUCAAUGCGAGCUUAGUCAUAGUGUUGUGCCUUUUUUUAUUUGCGUACGAUACUUAUACGUAAUUUACGAAUAAAUUGGAUGUAAAAGCGAAAAAAAAAGAAAUCUUUAUAGUGAAAAAAAAGUACUUUUUCUUAAAGUUUACUUUUCGUUUGUGAUGAUUAAAAGAAAAAAUAGUUAUUCUUUUUAAGAAGUUUAGUUAAAAAUAAAGUUAUUAAUUCAUUUAGAAAUCAAAUUUGUGAAAAAUUCAUUAUUUAUUUCGAUAUUAUAUUUUAUUGGAAAAAUUUAUAUUUUGUUUUUUUUCGAAUCAUUUUAUGAUUCAUGUCUUUACGUUUGUAUAUUUAUUAUUUAGAAAAAGGAAAAAUACAAUUAUAGCUUUAAGAAAUUUUGAAGAAAAUAUAUUAAAAAAAUUAUCAUAUAAAAUGUGAUGCAAAUUAAAAAAAAUUGUUAUUUCUAUUCGUUUCUACAUUCAAUUGUUAUGAAUUAUUGAAAUGUUUUGUUAUUAAUUAGUGCACUGAGCCAACUAUGUGAUUAUGUUGAUGUUAUCAACGAUUAGCAAAGAAAUAUAACAGAUUAUAUUGCAUGUAAUUGUGAAAGAAUGGUUAAUGAAAUUAUAUAUGAAUAUAAAAAAAAAUAUAUAUAUAUAUAUAAAUAUAUAAAUAUAUAAAUAGUUAUACAUAUAUAAUUAUAAAUAUAUUUUGUACGUCUACCCAAAGAGAGAAAAAAAACAUUCAUGUUAGCGUAAAAGUGAGCUUAUCAAAGAUUUUAACGAGGUCCAUUUUUGCAUAUACAUAUAAUAUAUAUAUAUAUAUUUUCAUAGUAUGAAAAUUACUUUCUUUUCAGACGCUUCUAAAAAAGCAGUCAGCGUCAUUUAAUUAAAACAAAAAAAGGAAAUAAAAAAAAAAUUUUUUUAAAAGAAACCUAUAUUUUAUAUAUAAAACAUUGAAUAUAAUUGGUGCAACUUUCUAUUGAAGUAUAUACAUAUAUUUUUUAUCUGUCACGAAAAGAGUAGUAAAAUUACUCAAUGUAAUAAUUAUAAUCUUGAGUGUGUGCGCACGCCCCAUAUGUGAAGUAAAAAUAUCCAUUAAUUAGUGUUGUUAAAAUAUUCUUGGUAUGAAAAUGAAUGCUAUGUCUGUUAAUCUAUACAUCAAUAAUCGCAACGUUUUACUUUUUUGGAAAAUGAAUCCAUCAACAUGUAUCAUCAAUAAUAAUAUAAUUUUAAUAAAUGUUUCGAAAAUAUAAACUAAAA